AUGGCUGAGAUGGACAAGAAGGUCAAGCUCAGCAGCAAGGACUCCGAACUGCUGGCGGCCCGGCCAGGCUCGCUCCGCGCCCACGAGCAGGCCAUCGUCCGGUGGCAGGACGACACCUCGGCGGGCGACUGCACGCUCUGCCACACGCCCUUCGACCUCCGGAUCCGCAAACACCACUGCAGACUCUGUGGUCAGCUGGUCUGCUUCAAGCCCCACUCCGCCGGCCCCCGCAGAUGCUCCUCGUUGAUCCGCGUCGACUGGGACCCGCUCCUGCACCGCAACACUAUCCGCACGCGCCGAGAUUGCUGCCGUCAAAACCGCCCUGGCAUGAGUGGCCCCGCCAUCCAUCGCGCAAUCGCGGAGCGCGCAUGUCCACAUCGCCCUGUGCCCAACCUCUGCUUGGCCAAGGCGCACUCUUGA